GGGAGAGAAGCAGCGCCCGCUGCAGCCCGGCAGCAAUCGAGCGAAGGAGCGUGCACGGCAUCCGACGGCGAGCACCCCCGCGGUGCAAAGCCCCCGGCAGAGCGCUCGCGCCGCCGUGCGAAGUUGCCGUCGGCGAGCGGGCACGGACGCACCGCGCGCACAAAGCGCCCGCUGCGGAAGCACGUGCCGCUGAGCGUGCACCGUCGGGGGCAGCGCCGAUCCCGGGACGCAGACGUCAUGGGCAACUGCAUCCCCGUGAGCCCCAGAGUCCUGGAGAGCAGUACCUUCUUCGAUCUCAUGGACAUCAUAGAAAAUUUCUCCAUGAGCGAGAACUACAGCAGUGUGGACUACACCGACGCCAAGCCCUGCCACAACUCUUACUGCCUCAUCUUCCAGCAUGUGGCUCCCACCUUCCUGGCUACAGCCUGCGCCUUGGCAGUCCUUAGCAACUUGGUGCUGCUGGUGGCCUUGUCCAAGUGCCACCAUGUGUGGAGCCAGCCCCAUGGCAAAGCCUUGGUGGCCCAGCUGCUGGUGGGCAGUGGGCUCUUCACCCUGCUGCUGCCCAUCUUUGCAACCAGCAUCUGGUAUGGCUGGAAGCUGGGGAUGGGGCCGUGCAAGCUUGUCCACGUGCUGUGGCACUGGAGUCUCUUUGCCCAGGGCCUGCUGGUGGCCAGUGGCUUUUGCACUGCUUGGAGACGCUGGGACCGUCCAAGCCAGCGGCUUGCCGUGGUGGUUUGGGCAGUGGCUCUGCUGUUGGCAAUGCCGGCUGGUUUCACCAGCGGCACAGUGGCAAACUCAGAGGUGUCCUGCAUCCUCAGGAAAGUGGAGAUCCUCUCCCCGGCCUACCUGGCCCAGCUCACCAUCUACCUGUGCUUCUUUCUGCUGCUGCCGGUAGCCGUGGCGGUGGGCAGGCUGGCCGUGCCAUGGCUGCGGAAGGGGUGGGAGGCAGCGAGCUGGGUGCCCUGGAUCUUCUUCAGCUUGUGGGUGCCCUACAGCAUGGGACUCGCCGUGGAACUCCUGCUGCACGUCCAGGUGCUCCAGCCCACCUGCAGCACCUUUGAGCACUUUGACUUUGCUCUGGGGCUCUGCAAAGCCCUGGGCGUCCUGCACUGCUGCCUGGGGCCGCUGCUGCUCCUCUUUGCACGGCUCCAGCACUACCAGAGGAGGUCCCGCAGCAUGGCCCGAGCAGCUCGCACAGCACCCGAGGGCACAUGAAGUGGCACCCAUCUGUGUCACACCAAUGGUGCCCAGCCCAACCUUCAGGCCCACAGCAAGGUGACUGCUCCUGCCUUCUCCGUAGCCUCCAAAACGUGACAGCCAAGCACUGUCGGCGCCUUUGCAGCAUGCAGCAGCACUCGGUUGAUCCAACAGUGGGGCACAACCGGCAGAGCCUACAUCUGGCCUCAGGCGCCCUGUUCUCCUGCAAAACGGACAAUAAAGUAUCCCCGGUUUGGAUA